UAAAGGCGAAUACUUUCACUUUUAUUUUAGCACUAGGAAGCAAGUUGACAAAUAGCUUCAACAGAAUUCAGUUAGCUUUUUCUUUUAAAAUAAACUGGGAUCAUGAGCUACGAUCGUGCCAUCACAGUUUUCUCACCUGAUGGACACCUGUUUCAGGUGGAAUACGCACAAGAGGCUGUUAAAAAAGGUUCAACUGCUGUUGGAAUACGAGGCAAGAAUAUAGUUGUUCUGGGAGUGGAGAAAAAAUCUACCGCCAAACUUCAAGAUGAUAGGACAGUGCGAAAAAUCUGCGCCUUGGACGACAAUGUCUUCAUGGCAUUUGCCGGGUUGACAGCAGAUGCCAGGAUCGUCAUUAACAGGGCCAGACUUGAGUGUCAGAGUCACAGACUCACUGUGGAAGAUCCAGUCACAGUGGAGUACAUCACACGCUUCAUAUCCACUAUUAAACAGCGGUACACCCAAAGCAAUGGACGGAGACCAUUUGGGAUCUCCUCUCUCAUUAUGGGGUUUGAUUUUGAUGGAACUCCACAUCUGUAUCAGACAGACCCCUCAGGAACCUACCAUGCCUGGAAGGCAAAUGCCAUUGGAAGAUCUGCAAAGACUGUGCGUGAGUUUCUGGAAAAGAAAUAUAAUGCUGAGAACAUGGAGUCUGACACAGAGGUCAUUAAGCUGGUUAUCAAAGCGUUGCUCGAGGUUCUCCAAGCAGGUGCAAAAAACAUGGAGGUGGCCAUUAUGAAGCGUGAUGAACCAUUGAAGAUUCUAACCCCAGAGGAAGUUGAGGAGCAUAUUGUUGCCAUUGAGAAAGAGGGAGCAGAGCAGCCGAAGAAAAAAGGGACCAUUUGAAGAACACAUUCCUUUGUCAAAUUUUAAAAAGUCAGACAACUCAGAAUAUCCCCUUUUUUCAGACUAUAAUAAAUUAACAUGUUUAACAAAAAUCACAGAUGUCUCCUCUAAUGGAACAAGUCAACUCAAGAAAAGAUUAGCAAUAUCCCAUGUUUAAUCGUAGAUUUCACUCAAUUUUCCCAAAUUAUAGAAAACAAAUCUCUACAUGGGAAUUAGUCUUUAAGGCAGAAUAGUUUAUCUAUAUUAAGUUAUUUGCACAUUAUUUACAUCAACACAAAAUUCAAUCACCAACUACACUACAUUAGGAUGACCACCACUAUGUAUACUUAUUUAGUAAGUGCUGACAGUCUGCAAAUACUAAAAAGCAUUGGCAGAUUCUAAAGUAAAGCAAAAUACGUAUAACAAUGUACAUUAAACACUCACUUGUUAUGCAACACUGUACUG